UACACACACACACACACAUAUAUAUAUAUAUAUAUAUAUAUAUAUAUUUAUACAUAUUCGUGUGCUUUGAAGGAGAAGCGGACGUCGCCGCCGACAUGGAGACCAGCGGCUUCCAGAGCCAGCUGCUGUCCGUCAUGGAGGUCCUGGCCAAGGCGGCCGUGGCGGAGAUCCACCGCAGCGUGGACGACAGCUGCGCCGUGCUGCGGCUGGAGGUGAGCCGCAGCCGGCGGGACAUCGACCUGCUCAAGCGGAAGUGCGACGGCAUGGAGGCGGAGCUGAGGAGGACGCGGAGGAGAGCCCGGAGGAAAGGGUUCUGCCCCCCUGGAGUCACGGUGCUGAACAAAGAGAGCUCGUGUUGGGCCGCCGAGGCUCUCCAGCCCCAGCAGGUGGAUCCGGAUCACGAAGCCGAGCUCUUCCUGAUCAAAGAGGAGUUUGCGGACGAGGAGAAGAGGCUCUCCGGAGCCGAGCAGUCGCCGUGUUUCAACGGCUUCGCGGAGCGCUACCUCUCCCCCGGGGUCGGCCCGGCGUUCCUGCCGGACGGCUACGCCGAGGACGAGGCGGAGCUCGGCGUGAAGGAGGAGGAGGAAGAGGAGGAGGAAGAGGAAGAGCUCGACGAGGAAGAGCCCGACGAGAACGCCGCCCCCCUCUUCGAUUCCACGGAGGCCCUAAGCCCUAACCCUAACCCUAACCCGAGCUUCCCGCGCGGCGAGCGCCGGUCCGAGCCGCCGCCCUCCGGGUUCCCGCCUCAGAGCGGCCCUCGGCCGGAGGACGCCGCCGCGCCUCAAGCGCACGCGGUCGGCCGAUCGCACGCGGCGAGCGCGGCGGCGGCGCGAGCGCGGCGGCGAGCCAGAGCGCUGCUGGGCUGCAGGAGGCCGCCGCCGGACGACGGACACGGAGCGCCGUCCAACAUCAACGCCGCGGAUCAGGCUCCGCCUCCUCAGCCCACGCAGCUUCACUACAGAGACCCGAACGAGGAGAACCCGGCGGCCGCCUCGUCUUUCUUGGUGCGCGGCGGCGUCUUCGGCCUGGCGAGGAGGAUGCGGACGCCGUGGCGCUCCGGCGUGGGCGAGAAGCGCUUCAACUGCACGUUCUGCGACAAAGGCUUCGCCCGCUUCAGCCAGCUCAGGGAGCACCUGCGCAGCCACACGGGGGAGAAGCCCUUCAGCUGCCUGCAGUGCGGCCGCAGCUUCACCAAGCAGUGCAACCUCAUCCGGCACGCCGUGGUGCACAGCGGCGAGAAGCCCUACGCCUGCGCGCUGUGCGGGAAGUGCUUCACGCAGCGCUCCAGCCUCAAGUCGCACCAGAAGACGGCGCACUGAGAGAGAAGAAGACUUUCUAGACCUCAAAUGUUUUGUUCGUUUUCAACAUUUCUUUUUCCUUUUUUUAACGGUUACAUGUCGUUCUAUUUAAUGCUCUAUUUAGUUUUAAAAAGAGAGAGACUGGAAUCUUCAUACUGUGUCAUUUAGCUCGUGGUUGCGAGUUCAACUCCACGCAUAUGUACGCUGCUGGUGAGUGUUCAGUGUGUCCUUUAAAUGUGUAUCUUCCUGUUUCUGAACUGCUUCAUGUGAGUUAAACCAACUGCUUUUCUUUGGUCGAAAUAA